AAGCGAUCUGGGUCAUUGAAUCGGGAGCCGACGACGAAAUUGCUGGAAGGAAACGUGUUUUUCCUUCGUCGAAUUGGUAUCUGCCGAAUUCCUUCCAGUUCUUGCUCUCGAUCGCGUGCCCGUCGCUUUUUGGUUGAUCGCCUCGUCGCUCUUUGGUUGAUCCCCUCCUUGGAGUUCGUCGAGGGCCAGCGGACGACCGAUGGAUUCCGGGGCGGCGGUGGAGUCGCAGGAGGCGGCGAUGCCCGCAGCCGUGGCGCUUGACUUCACCGAUGGGGAGGUAUACCCUUCGACGUCCAGGAUUCCGAGGAGAAUACAACGGAGAUUCCGUCAUAGCAGGAGCGGAGGUCGCACCAGCAUGGAAGAUAUCGAAGCCAAACUCAGGGAUGCAGAGAUCAGAAGAAAGCAAUUUCAUGACUGGUUAUCUACCAAGGCAAGGCCAAAACCAAGAAGCCCUUCAUGGUCAUCUCAAGACGAAAAUCCUGGUCAAAGGCUUGAAGCUAAACUUGUAGCAGCUGAGCAGAAGAGGCUGAGCCUUUUAGCUAAAGCUCAAAUGCGGUUGGCUAGAUUGGAUGAGCUACGACAAGCUGCUAAAAGUGAUGUAAAGAUGCGUUUUGAAAAGGAACGUGAAGAGCUUGGCACUAGAGUUGAAUCCCGAGUACAACAAGCUGAGGAGAACCGUAGGCGCCUUCUUAAGGCCCAUAGUCAAAGAAAAGCUGCCAUUCGUGAGAGAAUUGCCAGAUCUGUAUCACAACGAAUCAUUGGAGAAAAUAGAUAUAAGGAAUGUGUGCGCUCUGCAAUCUUCCAGAAGCGUGCUGCUGCUGAGAAAAAACGAAUGGGUUUGUUAGAAGCAGAAAAAAGAAGAGCUCAUGCUAGGGUAGUCCAAGCACGCAAGGUGGCUAAAAUUGUGCACCACCGAAGAGAAACUGAAAGGAAAAGAAUGAAAGAGCAAUUAGAGAACAAGCUUCAAAAGGCAAGGAGACAAAGGGCAGAAUAUCUGAAACAGAGAGGUAGUCCUCAUAGCUCUGCACGGGUCAAUUUGACCAGACAUGGAGAAUUUCUUUCGAAAAAACUAGCUAGGUGUUGGCGACGAUUUGUGAGAUCAAGGAGGACCACGCUUGCUUUGGUUAAAGCAUAUGAUGCCUUGAAAUUAAAUGAAAAAUCCAUUAGUGUUAUGCCAUUUGAACAAGUUGCUCUUUUGAUUGAAUCUAGCACAACACUUCAAACUGCAAAGGCUUUACUUGAUCGGUUGGAGAGUCGAUUUUCACUAUUGCUGUCAUCUGGCCCAUCAAGUAUUGAGAACAUUGAUCAUCUGCUUAAGCGCCUAGCAUCUCCUAAUAGAAAAAUUCCGUCUAGCAGAGUGUCAAAGCAAAGAGGUGCAGCCAGACGAGAGUCUGUCAAAGGACCUAAAAGUGAAAGAAAUAUGUCCAGGUAUCCAGUCAGAGUCGUGCUUUGUGCUUACAUGAUAUUGGGGCACCCCAAUGCUGUUUUCAGCGGUCAAGGGGAGCGUGAAGUUGUCUUGAGGCAGUCAGCCAUAAACUUCAUCCGAGAAUUUGAGUUGUUAGUCAAUAUCAUUUUGUAUGGUCCUAAUAGUGCCCACUCAUUAACACCAUCUGCACCAGUUACUAUGUCUUUGGAACAUCUAGAAGAGACAUCUUCCAAUUUGCCCACAGAACAAAACUUCAGAUGCCAGCUGAGAUCAUUUGACUCGGCAUGGUGUUCUUACCUAUACAGGUUUGUCGUAUGGAAGGCAAAAGAUGCUAGAUCUCUGGAGGAAGAUCUCAUAAGAGCUGCUUGUCAGAUGGAACUGUCCAUGAUGCAGACUUGCAGGAUGACUGCCGCAAGGAAGACUUCUGACCUUAGUCAUGAUAUGAUGGCCAUACAAAGACAGGUUAUUGAAGAUCAGAAACUUAUAAGAGAGAAAGUUUUACACCUGAGUGGCAAUGCUGGUCUUGAGAGAAUGGAAUCUUCUUUGUCUGAUAUGCGAACAAAAUUUUUUGAAGCAAAAGAGAAUGGCAGUCCUUUAGCAAACCCUGUUGUGCAUAUAUCAUCACCAUUGGUCCCUGAUCCUGCAAUACAGUUGGAUUCUGUUCCAAACAACCAGAAUGUUGAGGCUUCUCGGAGAUCAAACAAUGUAGUUCGGUCUCUGUUUGGGGUUUCAUCAUCUGCUCAGCCAAAAAUUGGUUCAGAAGAUCCACAUACAGAUGUUCAAUCAAGCUCUGUAAGAGGCAUGCAUUUACCAACUGAGAAUGUACUUCUUGUGAAUGAGAUAAUGCAUUGGAACCUUAAGCAAUUAUCUGGUGAUUUUGACAUGGUCAAAGCUGAAGAGCUUAGUAUCAAGGUUAAAGAGACGAUGGAAAAGGCAUUUUGGGAUGAAAUAUUGGAUUCUUUGCAGGGAGUCAAACCUGAUUACAGUAGAUUAAUAUCCCUUCUGAAGGAAGUCCGGGACGAAUUAUGUGAUUUGGCUCCACAGAAAUGGAAGGCAGAUAUCCUCAACACUAUUGACCUUGAUAUUUUAUCUCAGGUUCUCGAGCCAGGGGCUCCUGACACAGACUAUCUUGGAAAUAUUCUAGAGUAUGUGCUAGCCAUGCUGCAAAAAUUAUCUGCUCCUGCAAAUGAAGAUAGCAUGAAAAAGGACCACCAAAUUUUGUUAAAUAGAUUGGCGGGCAUUGCUGAAUCAAAUGACAAACAAAGCAAAUCUUUCAUUGUUGCUGCAGUGGAGGGCCUGCGCUUUAUUUUGGAGCAAAUACAGACAUUGAAGAAGGAAGUCAGCUUUGCACGUAUAAAAUUGUUGGAACCAAUUAUUAAGGGAUCAGGGGGAUUGGAAUAUUUACAAAAUGCAUUUACUGAUCGAUUUGGAUCUCCAAAUGCUGAUUCUAACACCAUUCCACUAACUCGUCAAUGGCUAUACUCCACAAGUAACAGCUCAACAGAAGAAUGGACCGAGCAUAUUGAUGUCUGUACUGCCCUUUCAGCAAGUCAUGGUCUUCCUACUGCUGCCCUUCGGACUGGUGGUGCCGGCUUUGCAGCAUUAGCAAGACAAGAUGAUUCUCUCACAAAUUCAGGUGAUGACGAAUUACUGCCAGAAUGCAGUGGAGAAAAGGUGGACAAAUUGUUGAGGCUUGGGUUGGUAAAGCUUGCCAGCGUUGUAGAGGGAGUGACCAUGGAGACAGUUCCUGAAACUCUUAAUCUUAAUGUAUCAAGACUGAGGUCUGUACAAAGCCAAUUUCAACAAAUUAUUGUCACGGCAACAAGCAUCUUGGUACUCCGACAAUUUCUUCUCACCGAGGGAUCUGUUACACUGGCGGAGCUGGAAUCCAUAAUAACAAAUACUGGAAGGGAGUUGUCUGAGUUCUUGAAGACUUCAUCUGAUGUGAGUAUUCAGACAAUCACUGAGAUGCUGAUGAGCGCAUGUAGCUCCAGAAACCAUGAGAGCAGCAAGGAAAUGGUAGCAAGAAUGCUCACAAAAAGUUUGCAGAACGGUGAUACUGUGUUCGAGAAAGUGUCCAAAUCUGUUUAUUUGGCCCUGCGAGGAGUGGUUCUGGGGGGAAAUGGAGAAGUAGGCCGGAAACUGGCAGAUGUAGCUCUCCGACGAAUUGGAGCCGCCGCGCUGGUAGACCAGAUUGUUGGCACCGGGAGCAUACUUAUCAUGAUGGCGAUCGUCACCAACCGAGUUCAUGGUCCAUGGUACAGGGUUAUGGUAUGAUGUUAGUAUGGCUGGAUUUAUUUAGAAUAAACGCCAAGUAUUUGUACAAACAACUGCAAAUAAGUAAGCAGCGACUGAGCUGGUCUGGGAGGGUUAUGAUUAGUUUGUGAAUUCAAGUGUGGUGUACAUAAAUUGUAUAAAUGAUAAAAUUAAAGAAUGAUAUGCUUCGUCUAA